AUGAUAGGAGACACGAUGACGCUCUUGUCUCUUCUGGGUCGGAUCAUGCGCUAUUUUCUCCUAAGGCCAGAGACGCUGUUCCUUCUGUGCAUCAGCCUGGCGUUGUGGAGCUACUUCUUCCACACGGAUGAGGUGAAGACCAUAGUCAAGUCAAGCCGCGACGCCGUGAAGAUGGUGAAGGGCAAAGUGGCCGAGAUGAUGCACAACGACCGGCUGGGAGGCCUCAGCGUGCUGGACGCCGAGUUUUCAAAGACCUGGGAGUUCAAGAGCGACAACGUGGCCGUGUACUCCAUACAAGGCAGAAGGGAUCACAUGGAGGACCGCUACGACGUGCUCACCGACAUCGCCAACAAGAGCCACCCGUCCAUCUUCGGCAUCUUUGACGGCCAUGGGGGGGAGGCUGCGGCUGACUAUGUGAAGGCCCACCUGCCCGAAGCCUUGAAGCAGCAGCUGCAGGCGUUGGAGCGAGAAAGGAAGGAAAGCGCUCCGUUUUACGCCGGCGUCCUGGAGCAGCGCAUCCUGAACGUGGACCGAGAGAUGCUGGACAAGCUGUCUGCCAAUCACGAUGAGGCGGGAACCACAUGUCUGGUGGCGCUACUGUCAGACAGAGAACUGACGGUAGCCAACGUCGGCGACUCCCGCGGUGUCCUGUGCGACAAAGACGGCAACGCUGUUGCACUGUCACACGACCACAAACCCUAUCAGCUCAAAGAGCGCAAGAGGAUCAAGAGGGCGGGAGGAUUCAUCAGUUUUAACGGUUCCUGGCGAGUGCAGGGAAUUCUGGCCAUGUCUCGCUCACUCGGCGACUACCCGCUAAAGAACCUCAACGUAGUCAUCCCCGACCCGGACAUCAUGACGUUCGACCUGGACAAACUACAGCCGGAGUUCAUGAUCCUGGCAUCUGACGGCCUGUGGGACGCCUUCAGCAACGAGGAGGCGGUGCGCUUUGUCCGGGAGCGCCUUGACGAGCCGCACUUUGGCGCCAAAAGCAUCGUCCUGCAGUCCUUCUAUCGCGGUUGCCCAGACAACAUCACCGUCAUGGUGGUCAAGUUCAAAAGCGGGGCGGGAGGGAGCAGCAAGGCGGGGUAAUGAGUCAAGUGGAUCAUAUGUAAUUUGACUCAUUGUGUACAAUAUUACAGGAGGACAGAGACGAGCACGAGUAUUGGAAAAGUGUCCAACUGGUCGAAUCAAACACAUCAAAUUGAGACAAGGGAGUCGAAAUACCAUUAAUCAGUGCUUAAGAGAAAGUACCAGCAUGUAUCAUUCAAGUAUUAUAGCUUACUGUACACGAUUGGUGCAGUCCAAAGGGAGUUUCUCAAGAAGGGGCGAUGGUUAGUGCCUAACUGUCAUGUGUGGGGAAAACAUCAGCCCUUUCGCUGCAUUGCAACAAUGUUCUGAUUUUUCCAGAUUUCCUCAAAAAUAGACGCCUUGCCCCAGUUAAAGUAGGCUUCAACAAAUAACCGCUCUGCAUCAAAACCACUUGUUUACCAUUCCAGAGCAAUUGACAUUGAUCAUUUUAAGGUUUGGAAAACAAUCGGUUCACUGACAAGAAAAGAAUGACUCGCUGGAAUAAUAAUAUUAGCGAGUAACUCCACCGAUUGAUUUUCAAGUUGAUUACAUUCGUGGGUCUCCCAGCUGACUUUUGUAAUCAUCUGGAUUGGAUGUCGGCGAAUCGCAGGGCGCAUAACGACAAACAGCCGUUCACAAUCACAUUCACACUUACGGUUUGAGCAAUUAAGUCUUGAAUUAAUUUAAGCCGUUUAUUUAGGUAAUAUCAAAGGAAACAAGUACUACACUACUAUAAAAUCAUUUAAUGAUGAAACGGCAUUUGUACGAAUGAAGUGAUCUCCCUUAAAAAGAUGUCGGGUAUGCUACAUUUGAGUAAAAUAAAUUAAGACAUGUGGAAGCAGGUUGAUCUUAACAUUGCAGAUCAGGAGGAACCUGUUAAUGCUUCCACAUAUGACUGGAAUCAUAUUCAACUUCAUAAUACAGUGGUGCCUUGAGAUAUGAGUUUAAUUUUUUUUUGGUGACCACGCUCGUAACAAAAUGAAAUCAUCUUUCCCCAUUGAAAUCAAUAGAAAUGCUAUUAAUCCAUUCCGGCACCUCCCCCAACCCACGCAAUAAAAAAAAAAAUAGGGGCGGACUAUCGAAAGAAUUGGAAAAAAACGUAAAAGAUUUUUUUUUAUUCCAUCGCAUAAUACAGUAUACGUUACCAAAGUACUGUAUGCGGUAAUGACAUAAAUAGAAUGUAAAAAUCUGGUGCACAUGCCUUGGCCACCUGGAGGCAGUGUAAUACAUAUGCAUGCAUGCAAAAAAAACAAAAAUAAAUCAUCCGAACGGCAGUUUGUAUCCCGAAAAACUCCUAAAUCGGGAAUCUCAAGUCACCACUGUACACACUUAAAAUGCACUUUUAGUUGCUGACAUCAGUCACUUCCGCAAUGAAGCAACAGGAUUUGACUGGUGAGUACCUGAUGCGGUUUAUUAGCGGGUCCUUCUGUGCACGUCUCUGAAGCUCAUGAACAAAAGCAGCCCGUGCCAUGAGAACCUGAAUGAUGAGAAAUGGUUUUGCAGCUGCACCCGUACAGUGAAAGUCAUGUGUGGAGCUCCUGAAACAAUAUACAGUAUGAGCAGUGUAGUCAGAGGUGACACAUUUCAAAUAAACGUGGUAAAAUAUUAGAAUAUUCAUUUCAAUGAAUUUUGUGUUCUCACUGGAAUUUAAUGUUGUCCGAGCCAGCAUUAUUCCACAAACAGUAAAAUAUAAAUAAACUAAGCAAUUUAACCACAAACAUUAUUUUGCGCUAAUUUUAAAGGUUCUUCCUUUAAAACAUUUCCAUGCAAAAUUCUAACUAAAUUACCCUUGAAAGGUGGCUUCUUUGUAACGAAGACAAAGCGCUUAUUUUCAAUUUACCUUAUAUGCCUUAUUUAUUGAAUUUUUUUGGUGUCGAGCAGAUUGCCAAAUCUGUGUACUGUAUAUUCAUGUUAUUUUUGUUCUUCUGUUUUACAAUAAAACACAUACCCAUCACUACAA